UUAUUUUCUAGCUAAUAAAUUGCAAGGAGGUUUGUUUCCUUUCCUUUGGCAUCCAUCCCCAAAUUUGGUGAUUGUAGGUUUUGUGAUUCGAGAAGCCACGAACUCUGUACGGUUGCAGCCGCUUCCUUCACCAUCGGAUUCGCCGCCGGUGAAAAAACAAAAGGUAAUGAAUGAGGAAUUAGAUGAGGAUGAUGGAGAAAAAGACAACAGUAGCAUAAUGAGUUUCGACGAAGAGGGACUUGAGGAUUUACCUUCUUCUCCUUUGCCAUAUGAACUUAGUGUAUAUGAUUCUGAAGAAGAAUAUUGCCCUAACUACCCUCUUCAGAAUAAGAGGGAUGAAGCUGUCUGGGAGAAGUACCUCAAACAGCUCGACGAAAGCGAGGGAUUUGAUAUUAAAGAUUAUCCUGGUGCGUGCCCGAUGGCUACCGUCUACCCCCUGCCACGCUACUUGACGGAUCCUAAAAAUUUGGACAAGUUGAAGAGUUGUGCUGGAAGGGCACUUAAGCACUACAAUGAUAGUAAUGGCACCAAUCAUGAGGUCGAGGACGUUCUGAAGGUGAAUGGAGGUGGCUGUUGUCACUAUAUUUAUUAUAUUACUUUUACGGUCAAGACACAUGAUGGCAACAAUGGACUUUUUUCAAGCUAAGGUGGUGGAAGAUCUACAUUAUCAUCUGGAAUUCCCAAUUGUCAGGCCAAGGGCGAAGAAAGAUUUGGACAUAUAAUAGUGAUUUGAGUUCUGCAUUGCAAUAUUGGGGGCAAAAGGUCUGCGUUGAAACCUCCUUUCGCGGUACUUCAGCGUUGAGCUUUAGCGUAUGUUAACAGGUUUUGUGGGAAUUGUUGAACUGGAUUUGUAUUUACUAGCUUCAUAGUGUUGUGUUAUUCAAAUUGCCCUGGUUCGUAUUUUGUUGGACAUGUUAAAAUAGCAGUAUAUCUGAUGUGAAAAAAAAGGGACACAGUUAAGAGUUUGACCUUAUAAUUAACUUGUUUCUCUUGAGUCA